AACAUUGAAUUCAGUCUUGUCAAUAUUUUCCAAAGCAAGUGGGUAGAAAUGUUCAGAGAGAAAUAAACAAUGCUUAGAGAAAUAUGUUCCUGCUCAGGCAGGGGCCGUGCCCCCCCACUCUGGGACCCUACCCUGACCAGAUGGCCUCAUUAUGGGGGUGAGUCGCCAGGCCAACUGCAGUGCCUUCUGGGUCUCCCAAGUCACGGUGACAGCGCCCAGACUUUGAAACCGCUCCGGUUACCAUGGAGAUGGGUCAACCCCACCACCACUGGACAGGACCCAGCCUCGAGAGUCCACCUAGAGCUGACUGGACACUGCGUCCAGCGUUUUCGUCCUCGCAUCGCCUCAGCACCUUGCUGCCGGCCCCAGGUGCCAGAGUGUGCAACCUGCUGGAGAAAAACAGCAUCAAGAUGGAGCAAGGACCUCUUCAAGGUUCCACCGGGAAAGCACAUCCUCAAGGUUUCUCAAAUUCCCUUGGAGGUCUGAAGGAGGAUACCUGGCUCCCUGCUCAAGUGGUUCACACUGGAUCCUAAAGGGAGGAAGAUACAAUCUGUUGCCUGCCUGAUUCUGACCAUCAUAGAAUGUCUAAAAUAUAUUUGUACUGGAGAUUUCCCUCCUGGAACCAAAGGAAAUACAUUUGUUCAUGAUCCCAAGGUUGCUCAAGAAACAGACGUGAGAGCCCAGAUUCGUCUCCAGUUUUGUGAUGUCAAUGGAGAACGUAUAGCUGUGCAGCGAUCCAUGCUGUGUUCUCAGAAAAGCAAAAAGACAGAAUUUAAAACCUUGGAAGGAGUCAUUACUAGAACAAAGCAUGGUGAAAAGGUCAGUAUCAGCUCUAAGUGUACAGAAAUUGACCGAGAAAUGAUCAGUGCUCUUGGGGUUUCUAAAUCUGUGCUAAAUAAUGUCAUUUUCUGUCACCAAGAAGACUCUAAUUGGCCUUUAAGUGAAGGAAAGGCCCUGAAGCAAAAGUUUGAUGAGAUUUUUUCAGCAACAAGGUAUAUAAAAGCCUUGGAAACACUUCGUCAGGUACGUCAGACACAAGGUCAGAAAGUAAAAGAAUGCCAAACAGAACUGAAAUACCUGAAGCAGAAUAAGGAAAAAGCUUGUGAAAUCCGUGACCAGAUUACUAGUAAGGAAGCCCAAUUAAUAUCUUCAAAAGAAAUCAUCCAGUCUUAUGAGAAUGAACUUGAACCAUUGGAGAAUCGUCUAAAAGAAAUUGAACACAAUCUUUCUAAAAUAAUGAGACUUGAUAAUGAAAUUAAAGCCUUGGAAAGUCGAAAAAAACAAAUGGAGAAAGAUAACUGUGAACUGGAACAGAAAAUGGAAAAGGUUUUUCAAGGUACUGAUGAGCAACUCAAUGACUUAUAUCACAAUCAUCAGAGAAUAGUAAGAGAGAAAGAAAGGAGGUUAGUAGACUGUCAGCGUGAACUGGACAAACUAAACAAAGAAUCCAGGCUUCUCAAUCAAGAAAAGUCAGAGCUACUUGUUGAACAAGGCCGUCUACAGCUACAAGCAGAUCGCCAUCAAGAACAUAUCCGAGCUAGAGAUUCAUUAAUUCAGUCAUUGGCAACACACUUAGAAUUGGAUGGCUUUGAACGUGGACCAUUCAGUGACAGACAGAUUAAAAAUUUUCACAAACUUGUGAAAGAGAGACAAGAACAGGAAGCAGAAACUGCCAACCAGCUGAUGAAUGACUUUGUAGAAAAAGAAACUCUGAAACAAAAACAGAUUGAUGAAAUAAGGGAUAAGAAAACGGGACUGGGAAGAAUAAUCGAGCUAAAAUCAGAAAUCCUAAGUAAGAAGCAAAAUGAGUUGAAACAUGUGAAGUGUGAACUACAGCAGCUGGAAGGAUCUUCAGACAGAAUUCUUGAACUGGACCAGGAGCUCACAAAAGCUGAACGUGAGUUAAGCAAGGCUGAGAAAAACAGCAAUAUAGAAAUCCUGAAAGCAGAAGUGAUAAGCCUUCAAAAUGAGAAAGUAGACCUAGACAGGACCUUGCGUAAAUUGGACCAGGAGAUGGAGCAGUUAAAUCAUCACACGACAACCCGUACCCAGAUGGAGAUGCUAACUAAAGACAAAACUGACAAAGAUGAACAAAUCAGAAAAAUAAAAUCUAGGCAUAAUGAUGAACUAACUUUACUCUUGGGGUAUUUUCCCAACAAAAAACAGCUUGAAGAUUGGCUCCAUAGUAAAUCAAAAGAAAUUAAUCAGACCAGGGAUAGGCUUGCCAAAUUAAACAAGGAACUAGCAUCAGCUGAACAACAUAAAAAUCAUAUAAGUAAUGAACUAAAAAGAAAGGAAGAGCAGUUGUCUUCUUAUGAAGAUAAGCUAUUUGAUGUUUGUGGUAGCCAGGAUUUUGAAAUGGAUUUAGACAGGCUUAAAGAGGAUAUUGAAAAAUCUUCAAAACAGCGAGCUAUGCUGGCUGGAGCCACAGCAGUUUACUCCCAGUUCAUCACUCAGCUAACACAUGAAAAGCAGUCAUGCUGCCCUGUCUGUCAGAGAGUUUUUCAGACAGAAGCUGAAUUACAAGAAGUCAUCAGUGAUUUACAGUCUAAGCUGCGGCUUGCUCCUGAUAAACUUAAGUCAACAGAACUGGAACUGAAGAAAAAAGAAAAACGUCGAGAUGAAAUGCUGGGGCUUGUGCCCAUGAGGAAAAACAUAAUUGAUUUGAAGGAGAAGGAAAUACCAGAAUUAAGAAACAAACUCCAGAAUGUCAAUAGAGAUAUACAGCGCCUAAAAAAUGACAUAGAAGAACAGGAAACGCUCUUGGGUACAAUAAUGCCUGAAGAAGAAAGCGCUAAAGUGUGCCUGACAGAUGUUACAAUUAUGGAGAGGUUCCAGAUGGAACUUAAAGAUGUUGAAAGAAAAAUUGCACAACAAGCAGCUAAGCUACAAGGAGUAGAUUUGAAUCGAACUGUUCAACAAGUAAACCAAGAAAAACAAGAAAAACAACACAAAUUAGAUACAGUUUCCAGUAAGAUUGAAUUGAAUCGUAAGCUUAUCCAGGACCAGCAGGAACAAAUACAACACCUAAAAAGUACAACAAAUGAACUUAAAUCAGAGAAACUUCAGAUAGCCACUAAUUUGCAACGUCGUCAGCAGCUUGAGGAGCAAACUGUGGAAUUAUCCACUGAAGUUCAGUCUCUACACAGAGAGAUAAACGAUGCUAAGGAGCAAAUAAAACCUUUGGAAACAACACUGGAAAGGUUAAAGCAGGAAAAAGAAGAAUUAACCAACAAAAAGCAUACAAACAACAAAAUAGCACAGGAUAAACUGAAUGAUCUCAAGGAGAAGGUUAAAAAUAUUCAUGGCUAUAUGAAAGACAUUGAGAAUUAUAUUCAAGAUGGAAAAGAUGAGUAUAAGAAGCAAAAGGAAACUGAACUUAAUACAGUAACAGCUCAACUAAGUGAAUGUGACAAACAGAAAGAAAAGAUAAGUAAAGAAAUGGGAGUCAUGAGACAAGACAUUGAUACGCAGAAGAUACAAGAAAGGUGGCUACAGGAUAACCUUACUUUAAGAAAAAGAAAUGAGGAACUAAAAGAAGUUGAAGAAGAAAGAAAACAGCAUCUGAAGGAAAUGGGUCAAAUGCAGGUUUUGCAGAUGAAAAAUGAACAUCAAAAGUUAAAAAUGAACAUAGAUGAUAUAAAGAGAAACCGCGAUUUGGCAUUGGGGCGACAGAAAGGGUAUGAGGAAGAAAUUAUUCGUUUUAAGAAAGAACUCCGAGAACCUCAAUUUCGGGAUGCUGAAGAGAAACAUAGAGAAAUGAUGAUUGUUAUGAGAACAACAGAGCUUGCGAACAAGGAUCUGGACCUCUAUUAUAAGACCCUUGACCAAGCAAUAAUGAAAUUUCACAGUAUGAAAAUGGAAGAAAUCAAUAAAAUUAUUCGUGAUCUUUGGCGAAGUACCUAUCGUGGUCAAGAUAUUGAAUACAUAGAAAUUCGCUCUGAUGCCGACGAGAACGUAUCAGCUUCUGAUAAAAGACGGAAUUAUAAUUACCGAGUAGUGAUGCUAAAAGGAGAUACGGCCUUGGACAUGCGAGGACGAUGCAGUGCUGGACAGAAGGUGUUGGCCUCCCUCAUCAUCCGCUUGGCACUGGCCGAAACGUUCUGCCUGAACUGUGGCAUCCUUGCCUUGGACGAGCCAACGACCAAUCUCGACCGAGAAAACAUUGAAUCUCUUGCACAUGCAUUGGUUGAGAUAAUAAAGAGUCGCUCACAGCAGCGUAACUUUCAGCUCCUGAUCAUCACUCACGAUGAAGAUUUUGUGGAGCUCCUGGGACGUUCUGAGUAUGUGGAGCAGUUCUACAGGAUCAAGAAGAACAUCGACCAGUGUUCGGAGAUCGUGAGAUGCAGUGUCACCUCCCUGGGAUCUUACGUUCAUUAGCUUCUUGAUUUUGGUAUCAGCUGACCCUACUGAUGGUACCUUGUUGAAAAGGAACCUUCUAAGGUGUCUCAGAGGCACUAAGGUCACGAAAAUGGUUUCACUGAAGGUAGAACUGCUCCACCGCAUUUUGUUCUGCUAGCAGCAGCCUGGGCCCAGCCUACCGGACUCGGCCUCUCGGCCUCCCUGUCUCCCUGUCCUCCUCCUGCUGAGAGGCAGGGCUCGCUGCUGACUGCGUGCGCCUCUGGCAUUGGACAGCUCCCCGCUAGUUAUUAUAUCUGAGUGUAUUUCCUUCCGUGUGUUUAAAGGAAACCUGAGUUCUCAGUGAGUGUAAAUGUCUGAAUAUGGCUAGAAAUGAGAUUUGAAUGUCCAGCCCUGCUUUAAUCUUAUAAAUCUCUGCAAAUGA